CGUAAUAUUGGAACCAUUCUAAACUGACUGCCCCUCAAAGUAAAUUUUGAGAAGAGUUUUUAUUGUUUUCAUAUUUCUGUGCGGAACUACUCUUAUAUUUAAGUGAUCUAGAACUUUAUAGUAAAUAAUGGGAAAGAAAAGAGGUCGUGGCAAAGGGCAAGAGUGGAAGCCAGUGCAAGCUAAUGACUUGUUCUUGGAAGGCACUAAUUGUGAUGGCCUGAUCGGCAUCGAAGAACUGUCUGAUUAUAAUAUCGAAUCUUUCAAGAAGCCGAAAUUUAAGAAACAGUCUGAAGAUGGUGCUGAUCGGAAGAGAUCUUUGGUUGAAACAUCAGCGGAAGAGGUCGUUUUGCCUGACAAUGAGAGUGCGCCCAAAAAGAAAAAGAAAGCUUCUAAAAAUAACUCUGGAACCAAGAAUGGAUGGGGUGUGACAAAUAUCGUGGAGGAGGAAACAGACUUGGACAUGUCGGCGUGGGAUAACCUUUUCGUUCCAGAACCUGUCCUCACGAGACUAAAAGAGCUUGGAUUUACAGAGCCUACCCGUAUUCAGCUUAUGACUCUACCUCCGGCAACAGCAGGAAGAAAAGAUAUUUUGGGUGCUGCUGAAACUGGCAGUGGGAAAACCCUGGCGUUUGGAAUUCCCAUCAUAAGCAGAAUCCUUGACUACAGAGACAAAUUUGAACAUUUUGUAGGAAUCAUCAAUGAGGAUAAUGAGGCGGAGGAUUCUGUCAGUGACGAGGAGGAGGAGGUAGUAGAGGAUGAUGGCAAAAUCGGCUGUGUCAAAGUGGAAACCACUAAAACCAUAACAAAUGCUGAUCGGAAAAUGGGUAAACUGCAUGCCUUGAUUUUGGAGCCAACUAGAGAGCUUGCGAUCCAGGUCAAGAACCAUCUUGUGGCUGUUUCCAAGUACUGCAAUAUCAAGAUCGCCACUGUUGUCGGAGGAAUGGCCCAGGAAAAGCAGGAGCGAGAGCUGAAAAAGUGCCCUGAAAUUGUUGUCGCCACUCCAGGUCGGCUGUGGGAACUGAUCAAAGAAGGCAACCCCUUCUUGCAGCAAGUCGACCGGUUAACGUGCCUGGUGAUUGACGAAGCAGACCGCAUGAUGGAAAGAGGCCACUUUCAAGAGCUGGGGGACCUGAUCGAGCGGCUGGAGCUGUCAAAAUGCGCUCGCCAAACGCUUGUAUUCUCUGCCACGCUCACGCUGGUCCAUGAGCCGCCCAAGAGGCUGUCCGUGAAUAAGAAGAAGAAGAAGGGACCGAAACAACCCUUGAGAGUCACUCCUGGCCAAAAGCUGAACCAGUUUAUCUCAAUGCUUGGACUAAAAAACCCCAAGGUGAUUGACUUGACUGCCAAGGAAGGCACAGCCGAAUCGCUGACAGAAGCAUACAUUCCGUGCCGGCUCGAGGAAAAAGACGCCCUCUUGUACAUCUUCCUGAAGAACCACCCUGGUCGCACCCUGGUCUUCCUCAACAGUAUCUCCUCGGUGCGCAGACUGGCCAACGUCUUUACCCUGCUCAAGUGCAGUCCGGUGGCGUUGCACGCGCAGAUGAUACAGAAGCAGCGGCUCAAGAGCCUGGAAAAGUUUUCGUCCAACCCGACUGGCCUGCUGCUCGCCACCGACGUCGCAGCCAGAGGCUUGGACAUUGUCGGCGUCCAGCACGUCAUCCACUAUCACGUGCCGAGAACGUCAGAGAAUUACGUUCACCGCAGUGGAAGAACCGCUCGAGCGCACAAAGAAGGUUUGACGGUAUUGUUUGUGGAGCCACAAGAAAUGUCUGGUUUCAACAGGAUGUGCCAAAAUUUGGGAAAACAUAAUGACCUGCCAGAGUUUCCUGUCGAUCGCAACAUGCUGGAUGAGGUCAAGAAGCGAGUAGAGCUGGCCAAGGAGCUGGAGCAGCUGGAUCACUCACAUCGCAGGAGUUACUCUGACGAGGGAUGGCUGAAAAAGGCUGCCAAAGAGCUGGACCUUCACUUUGACGAACAUGAUCGAUUGCCACUGCGUGCUCCUGUAGAUCCCAGUGCUGAAAGGGCAUUGAAGUUGAAGAAAAAGUCGCUGGAAGCACUGUUGAGAGCGCCUUUGAACAGCAAAGGGUUUUCAGGAAAAUAUCCCACUUCCACUGGCGCCCUUGUAGUUCCAUUCACCUCAGGAUCAUCUGGUGAGGCCUUAAAUAUGGUCAAAUCUAAAAGUCCAGGCAUGAAAAGUCUUGGGCAGGAGCUUGGAAUAAAAAAGAAAAGGCGGCCAAGGUUCAACAAGAAGAAGAAAGUGAAGGAGGGAAUUUAAAAUAAAUGCCAUUUAUAUGUUGGUCAGAUUUUAAAUUCGCCUCUUUUAUUAGCUGGAAUGUUGCACGACACAAAUAGCGGUGAAGCAAAUGACAGAAAAGAUGAGUCAACUUUUGUACAUGGUCCUACGUGCUCUACAAUUGCGGCCUCCUGCAUUUACUUGUGCUCAUAAACAAAUUCAGGCGCAGCUGUGGUUCCAAACUUUGACACAAAUUAACGACUUGCACGAGCGUUUGACUUAGUCCAGAGAAAAACUUAGCAUUAAAAUCGGCCAAUGGCGGCUCUUAAACACGUUAAAACCACACUUAUCGGUUGGUCGCCCAGCGCUUCAUGGCGUCCUCCCAGUCGGCCGUGCUGGCGUUUCCAUUUUCCUUCUGACUGUUAUCCUCCCUCUGACUCCUCAAGAGAGCCUGGAAAUUUGUGGUAAAUUAGACGGGAGGGAAUUUUGAUGCGUUUGAUUUGGCAUACUUGUAAAUUCUGUCCGAAAACAUCGGUAUCAUCGUCAUCAAAAUCAUCCUGAAGGGCAAAAGUACAGGAAGGUUUAGUAGACAUGCCGAAAAAAUUAAACACAGGAGGUAUAUCACAUAAGGGUUGGAGGUUGAAAUUUAGUCUAGAAUGUCUUUUUUGUCUAGUUCUUAUUAAUGUUAAGAAUUAAUUCCUGAAAUGUUUGCCUUGUUCCGCAAAUAUUUCUGAAACUUUAACUUGUAAGAAGUAUUAUCUGGUAUUGUUUUAUGAAAAUUAGUACCAAUAUGUAAUGUCUUGUAGUUGUGUUUUGGAAAAACGCGCAAUUUGGCGGCAAAAUCCACAAAAUGCGGGUUUUGCUAACUCAGUACCUUAUCGCCUGCAUAAUCUCCAUUGUUCCCAAGAUUCCUGGCCUGCAACUCGGCCAUGAGUUGCUCCUGCUGGAAUCGCUUGUGCAUUUCCUCCCUCCAGAGGACGGUGCUGCCAUUGGCCGUCCGACUCGAGAGCUCGUCCUGAUCCUCGUCAUCGCCCUCAAAGUCUGCAUUUGCAACAAAGAAGUGCCAACCGCCGUCACCUCUAGUGCCGAAAUCGGCAACUCGAAAGGUGGUGGACAACCAAAAGGAGGAGAGACUCUCUCCUACUUUGUAUGUAAGAAAGUGAUAUAUUUCGUGAAAAGCAAAAUUAUAUAGUUUUAGGGUUCUUCUCGAGUUUUUCGAAGAGCGCCUAUUUAAUAAAUUGCUGUUGUAGCGGUGUUGCUUUGCAUGCGUGGAAGCGGAUUCAUGUGAAUUGCUCACACUCAAGUCGGAUGUUCAUUCAGCGAAAAGUUUUAGCUCUUUUCUUUUUGAAAAGGAAAGCUUAUUUCAUUAUUUUUGCAGAUCUUUUAUACUACUAUACUGAAUAAGUAAGCACCAAACAAGUCGUAUGAGUACAUGCAAAAUGCAUCUUUUCAAAGGUUGCAAAGUGCAGAGAUAGAGAGGAAAAGGUAAAGAAAAAGAAAACACACGCAUACUGUUCAAACUCAAUAAAUAUAUAUGGAGCAUAUAUUUAUGGUAAUAUCUUACUGGUCUAUAUAUUGCCGUUGGCCAAACAAUCAGAAUAAUACAUAAAAAUCAUACAAUAUAUCCAUUUAGUAAAAAUAAAACAUAAUUUUGCGGCUAGCUGCUCUCACAGAAUCAGACUUUUAUGUUGUUUACCCACAAGAGUAGCGUUUCUUGUAUAUAAAAUGAACAUAAUCCAUUAUAUUAUUUGCUGCCAGCAAACGUAAAACUAAUCAACAAUCAGGUGGAAUCAAGGAAUGUCCAACUAAACCAUGAUCCGAAACGAACCAGAGAUUACAGUAAUAAAACACACACAGAAGUAAUAAUUAUGGUACACACAUGCUGAUCAAUCGACAUAAUCAAUGUUUCAAAAUCAAUAAGGAUUUUCACUGAUCAAUCUGAGCACUGUCCUACCUAGGGGUUUUCUGAUGAUCGGCCGUUUCGGCUCUUCGUCCUGAUCUGACCCUUCUGCAAUUAGAGACGACAAGAUUGUGUAUAGGGGUGGUUACGGGGACCAAAAUUUACUGCUUUCACACAACUCGCUCGCCUAUUUGAACUUUGCAUCACAUCAAAAUUAAAUCUCGCAAUUUUGUUUGUCAACGCUAAGUGAGCUUGUUAGCAUAAAUAAUAUAUAUAAUACAUAUAAUUGUUUUCGUAAUUUGAUUACUAUCUAACAACGUAUAAGCAUUUAUGAUUAUUCUUCAAAAACUAAAUUUUAGUUAACUUGUAGCUUUACUAUUGGGUGAUUCCACGAUUUGAUAAUACCGUCUGCAACUUUUUUAAUUUUAGUUCCUGAUUUUUGUAAUGGUGGUCUAGAGGUGUCGAAAUAAUAAAGUUGGCCGGAUUUUUUUUUACACUGGGCGUUCACAAAAAUGAGAAUAUCUCGGAUUCUAAUGAUGCUAGAACAUCAAAUUUUGUGCCAAAAGAUGCUUAUAUUUAAACGGCUUACAACUUUUAAGUACAAAACAUGUCUCUUCAAAAAUGUUUCGAAUUUUCGUAAUUUUAAUUUAUUUUUCAGUUUUGAAUGUCUCAAAAAAGGCAUUUUGUAUUUAUCUGAUUUUAGGAUAAAAUGUUACCGUUAGUGUGCAGCAUGCCGAAAUAUUUUCAGGAUGUGGAAACUCUUUGUUUGGGAGAUAAAAGGGUAUGA